AUGAAUUCAAAAGUAAGAGUCAAAGGAACAAAAGGAGAAUAUGUAAUCUUUGAGAAAGUCUUAGGAAAGGGAGCAUAUGGUGUUGUGUGUUUAGCUAAAUGUGAAAAUAAUGGUACUUAUUUAGCUGCUAAAAUUGUAUUAACUAUUUAAUUAUGAAGGUCAUUAAAAAGUGUCUAAGUGUUUAAGACAUAUAGAAUUUGAGGAAUGAAAUGAAAAUAUAAUAAACCAUAUCUCAUCCAAAUAUCGUUUCUAUGGUAGAUACCUUUGAAGAUGACCAAUUUCUAUAUAUGAUGUUAGAAUAUUGUAGUGGAGGGUGUUUAUUCAGUAAUUUAUAACUGAAUGGCCCUUUUAAAGAAGAGAAAGCUUUCCAUUAUUUUUCAUAGAUCUUAUCGGCAGUUUAACAUUUACAUAAAAAUAACAUAUUACAUAGAGAUAUCAAAGUAUUUAAAUAUUUUAAUAGUAGCUAUCCAACAUUCUUCUCACAGACUAAGAUGAAGUUAAACUUGCAGAUUUUACUUGGGCAACAAAUAUGUUUUAUGGGGAAGUCUCUCCUUAAUUAUGUGGUACAAUUGAAUACAUGCCACCUGAAGUUAUUUAGAAUAGAACUUAAAAUGAGAAGCUAGAUAUUUGGAGUUUAGGCAUAGUUUUAUAUGUAUUUCAUUAUAAUACUUAAGGAAUUAUUACAUAAUAAUUUUCCAAAUGUUGAUAAUUUAUUCAUGAGAAACGAUAUUAGUUUUGAGUGCAAAGAUCAGAUACUUAUGAUGCUAGAAAAAUCGCCUUAUAGACGUCCAACAGCUCAUAAUAUAAGUUCUGGAGUAUGGUUCAAAAAAAUGAGAAAUUAAAAAUAGAUGAUGAGACAUACUAUCACAAUUCAAAAAACGAACUCACCAUUAAGUAAAGUAAAUUUAAGAGCCAUAAUUGGUUCACCAUUGAGAUAAUCAUAUGAAAACUAAAAUUGUCUUUCUCCAAUGGAUUUAAAUUACUCAUCCCCUAAAAGAGAAACUUCGACUUAUAGUGCUUUUUGA